AUGGAAGCGAGUGCAGGCUUGGUGGCCGGCUCUCAUAACAGGAAUGAGCUAGUUGUCAUCCGUCGCGAUGGUGAAUCUGCCCCAAAACCGUUACAGCAGUUAAGCGGACAAAUAUGCCACAUAUGUGGAGACGAUGUGGGGCUAACCGUGGAUGGAGAGCUGUUUGUUGCCUGCAAUGAGUGUGCCUUCCCAAUCUGCAGAACUUGCUAUGAGUACGAGCGCAGGGAAGGAACUCAAGUCUGCCCUCAGUGCAAGACCAGAUUCAAGCGUCUCAAGGGCUGUGCCAGAGUUGAAGGAGACGAAGAAGAAGAUGACAUCGAUGACUUGGAAAAUGAGUUCAAUUUCGAUCCAACAAGGGGUAGAAAGGAUAUGCAGCAUCCUCUUGGACCGGAGGCUAUGCUUCACCAUGGCCUCGCCUUUUCUGAUCUCUAUCAACCUCUGCAUCCUCUAACCCAAGUUCCUCUCCUUACUGACGGUCAAACGGUGGAUGACAUUCCUCCAGAACAACAUGCUUUGGUCCCUUCCUACAUGUCUAAUGGCGCUGGUGGCGGCAAAAGAAUCCACCCUCUUCCUUUUUCAGAUCCUACCUUCCCUGUGCAACCUAGAUCCAUGGAUCCUUCUAAGGACUUGGCUGCUUAUGGCUAUGGAAGUAUUGCUUGGAAGGAGAGGAUGGAGAGUUGGAAGCAAAAGCAUGAAAAACUGCAGAUGAUGAAGAAUGAAAAUGGCGGCAAAGACUGGGACUGUGAUGGUGAUGCAUCUGAUCUGCCAUUAAUGGAUGAGGCUAGACAACCAUUAUCGCGAAAAUUACCUAUUUCUUCCAGCCAAAUGAAUCCUUACCGGAUGAUCAUCAUCAUUCGACUUGUAAUUCUUGGAUUCUUCUUCCAUUAUCGAGUCACACACCCUGUGAAUGAUGCGUACCCAUUGUGGCUCAUAUCUGUUAUUUGUGAGAUUUGGUUUGCUCUUUCAUGGAUCCUUGAUCAAUUCCCAAAGUGGCUUCCUAUUGACAGGGAAACUUAUCUGGAUCGAUUAUCUCUCAGAUAUGAGAAGGAAGGCCAGCCUUCUCAACUAUCUCCAAUUGAUAUAUUUGUAAGUACAGUUGAUCCAUUAAAAGAACCACCACUGGUGACUGCAAACACAGUUCUGUCCAUUCUUUCAGUGGAUUACCCGGUUGACAAGGUCUCAUGUUAUGUUUCUGAUGAUGGUGCUGCUAUGCUGACAUUUGAGGCUUUAUCAGAAACAUCUGAAUUUGCAAAGAAGUGGGUCCCUUUCUGUAAGAAGUUUAACAUUGAACCAAGGGCACCAGAGUUCUAUUUUGCUCAAAAGAUAGAUUAUCUCAAAGAUAAGGUGCAGGCUUCAUUUGUGAAGGAACGGAGAGCAAUGAAGAGAGAGUAUGAAGAGUUUAAAGUUCGGAUUAAUGCAUUGGUUGCCAAGGCACAAAAGGUCCCAGAAGAAGGGUGGACAAUGCAGGAUGGGACUCCAUGGCCAGGGAAUAAUGUUCGCGAUCAUCCAGGGAUGAUUCAAGUUUUCCUUGGCCAAAGUGGAGGGCUUGACACAGAUGGAAAUGAACUACCACGAAUGGUGUACGUUUCCAGAGAAAAGAGACCUGGAUUUAACCACCACAAAAAGGCUGGAGCAAUGAAUGCUUUGGUCAGGGUCUCUGCUGUGCUCACAAAUGCUCCUUAUCUGUUGAAUUUGGAUUGUGAUCACUACUUCAAUAAUAGUAAGGCUAUUAGAGAAGCAAUGUGUUUCAUGAUGGAUCCUUUGCUUGGAAAGAGAGUGUGCUAUGUCCAGUUCCCACAAAGGUUUGAUGGCAUUGACAGGCAUGAUCGAUAUGCCAAUCGGAAUAUUGUAUUCUUUGAUAUAAACAUGAAAGGUUUGGAUGGCAUUCAAGGACCUAUAUAUGUUGGCACUGGUUGUGUGUUCAGAAGGCAGGCGUUCUAUGGAUAUGAUGCUCCAAAAGCAAAGAAACUACCGAGUAGGACGUGCAAUUGCUUGCCUAAGUGGUGCUGUGGAUGUUGUUGUUCUGGAAGGAUAAAGAAGAAGAAGACUGACAAACCUAAAUCUGAGAUGCAGAAGAAGAAUUCAAGGACAUCUAAACCUGUGAGUGUUUUGAAGGGUACUGAAGAGGGCAUUGAAGGAAUUGAAGAUGAAAAUGCUGCUGUAAUGCCUGAAAAUAAAUUGGAAAAGAAGUUCGGACAAUCUCCGGUCUUUGUUGCAUCAACUCUUCUAGAGGAUGGUGGUUCACUGAAAGGUGCGAGCCCUGCAUCUUUGCUUAAAGAAGCCAUCCAUGUUAUUAGCUGUGGCUAUGAAGAUAAAACAGAAUGGGGUAAAGAGGUUGGAUGGAUUUAUGGUUCGGUUACCGAGGAUAUAUUGACAGGUUUUAAAAUGCACUGCCAUGGAUGGCGAUCAAUAUACUGCAUUCCUGACAGGCCUGCAUUUAAAGGUUCUGCGCCCAUCAAUCUUUCCGAUCGUCUACAUCAGGUCCUUCGGUGGGCUCUUGGAUCUGUUGAAAUAUUUUUAAGCAGGCACUGUCCUCUGUGGUAUGGUUAUGGAGGAGGUUUGAAGUGGCUAGAGCGUUUGUCUUACAUAAAUGCUACAGUGUAUCCACUGACAUCUCUUCCCCUGCUGGCAUAUUGUACUCUUCCUGCCGUGUGUUUGCUAACCGGGAAAUUUAUCACUCCAGAGCUAAGCAACGCCGCAAGCUUGUGGUUUUUGUCACUUUUCAUUUGUAUUUUUGCAACAAGUAUACUGGAAAUGAGAUGGAGUGGAGUUGGGCUUGAUGAUUGGUGGAGAAACGAGCAAUUUUGGGUGAUUGGAGGAGUGUCAGCACAUCUAUUUGCUGUUUUCCAGGGUCUGUUAAAGGUUCUGGCUGGUGUUGAUACAAACUUCACUGUGACAUCAAAAGCAGGAGACGAUGAAGAGUUUUCGGAGCUAUAUGCAUUUAAAUGGACAACCUUACUCAUUCCACCAACAACGUUGCUGAUAAUAAAUCUGAUAGGAGUAGUUGCUGGCGUCUCAAAUGCAAUAAAUAAUGGGUACGAGUCGUGGGGGCCUCUGUUUGGUAAGCUUUUCUUUGCAUUCUGGGUGAUAGUUCACCUCUAUCCUUUCCUAAAGGGUCUGCUGGGUCGACAGAACAGAACUCCCACAAUCAUAAUCGUCUGGUCUAUUUUGCUUGCUUCCAUCUUCUCCCUUUUGUGGGUUCGCAUAGAUCCAUUCCUAGCCAAGUCGGAUGGCCCACUUUUAGAGGAGUGUGGUUUGGACUGCACUUAA